UGCGACCUCCAGUCACGGCUGAGCGACCACCGAGAUGACGACCUCCGCGCGCUGCGCCCUGCUGCUGGCGCUGGCGGCCUCAGCCUGCGCCGUCGACGUGCUCAAGCUGCCGCCCUACAUCAAAGCCUGCUCCAUUCACGACCCAAACCUGAGCGACUGCGCCCUGAAGAGUGGCAAGGCCGCGCUGCCGUUCAUCCUGAAGGGCGACAAGGCGUACCGAGUGCCGCCUCACGACCCGCUGUCCAUAUCCCAGGUGAAGAUAGACGAUCCUGCGCAGGGCUUGGAGGGAGGACUUCACCUUAUCCUGAACGACCUCAAGAUAUACGGCCUGAGCCAUGCCGUCCUGGAGAGUGCCAAGUUCGACCCCAAGGCCAAGAAGUUCGGGUGGACACUGAAGGUGCCGCAGCUGGCCUUAGUGUCGUCCUACGACAUGAAGGGCAAGAUGCUCAUGUUGCCGAUACAGGGCAACGGCGACAGCUCCAUCAACAUGACCGACGUGAUCGUGAAGCACGAGUUCGACUACGAGCUGCUGAAGAGAGGCAACGGCAAGCACUACAUCAAGGUGGUGGACAACAAGCUGACCACCACCCCGGCGGGCAUGCAGAUCCGCAUGGAGAACCUCUUCAACGGCGACAAACUCCUCGGCGAGACCACCAACACCUUCCUGAACGAGAACUGGCACCUCAUGGAGAAGGACUUCGGGCCGUCGCUGUCGGACGCCAUCGGCCAAGCCACGCACCAGCUCAUGUCGGGCGUCAUGGAGAACGUGCCCUUCGAGGAGAUACUGCCCGAGAAGGUGUAGCUCAUGAGCGGUCGUGAUGAGCCGGCCGGCUCAUGCCGGGCGCAGAAGUGUUGUUGGGCCUGCGUGCGACUCGCAGCAGACGGGACAGAUCUGCUGCAGAGACAUGCCGAGUAGAUGUCAACAAGUGAAACACCGGACGUCUUGUCAGAUUGGUCACCCCAUAGGCAGCAGAUUGGUCACCCCAUAGGCAGUUGUAGGCAAAUAUCAAAUAUUAAAAAAAAUUAUAUACAUAUAUUCUUAAAUUAAAUUUUUUUCUUCAACGUUAAGACUUGGGUUUAUCCAUUUCUCGCCCGCCAACAGCAAUUUGGUAAAUUUAAUGAAAAAAAAAUGAAUCGCAGCUGUUCCUGAAGAAUUUUUUUUUAUAAAUACAUAAAAUACUGUUACCUCAGGCCAGAUGCGCUUUUGAGACACUGCUUUGAAGUGGAAACAACGUAGCAUUGAUUGUAAUGACGUUUGUUUUAUUUGAAAGAACUACCAUUGUUUUUUUUUUAUUUAAAAAAAAGGCUGGAUGAUCUUCAAGUUGUACGAUCGUGUGUAGGCAUGAAACGUUCGUCUGAAGCGAGGUAUUUCUUCUGUGUCUGGUUGAAGAGGACUCGGCAGUGAACUCUCGCACGGAAAUUAGCUACAAGGACUCUGACCAAGAGCUUUCGAGGAAGGAGCAAAUAUGUGUCUUCCUGAUGCUGAUUAUAGGACACCUCUGUUAAAGUUUUCAUUAGAGUCGAUUAGUAUUCAAACUAAUUAAUUAAUUUCAAGAAAUAUUUUAAUAAUUUUUAUGCACAUACGAAUGAUUAAUCUUAUUUUUACUACCUAAUGCACGGCAUGUAUUUCAAUGCUUCAAUUUUUUUUUUUUUUGUAAUUUGUUUGAAGUAUGUAUACGUGUACAAAGCAUUUCUCUAUCUCUCUCUCAUUCUUUAUAUAUUUAUCUCUCUAUGUAUACAUCUCUAGAUAUAUACAUAUAUGUUUAUCUCUCUUCAUCUCCCUCUAAACAUCUCCAUAUCCCUAUAUAUAUCUAUAUAUACAUUUAUCUAUGUAUACCUAUAUAUAUAUAUAUAUAUAUAUAUAUAUAUAUAUAUGUCAUUCUAUAACAAUGAAAAUAUUAAAAUUCUUAUGUUUUACCUAUCUAUAUUUUUAUCUAUCUUUUAACCUGCCACAGGUGUAACAUAGGUACGUAUAUAAAAACACGUGAGUAUUUAAACGCAACGCUGUGUUCAAAUUUAAAAAAAAAAAUCGGUGAAGAAUUUUUUGAGGUUAAAAUUUGGAACAAACGAACAUUUAAAUUUUAUUUAUAUAUAUUUGAAUUUUGCAUUUGUGUGACACGUAUUCCAUGACUUAAAACCUUUUUUUACGAUUUACUGUGUACGCCAUAGAGAAACCUCAAGGAUGGACAAAAAUUAUGAAAUUUUUAUCCAUUCUUAAGGUUUCCUUAUGACAAAUAGUGUAGAUUAGCAAUGGUGGAUGUCAAUUUCAAGUUUUAAAUGAUUCCACCACAUUUCAAGAAUCAUUUAAAUAAGGUAUUCUUCAUUCGACUUGAAUAUUCUAAAUCGGUUUGCUAGACGUCCUAAAGAGAAAGAUUUACAAAAACCACAUCAGGAAUAAAGUAACUUAAAUAGUACAGUAAAAAAAUCAGAAUAGAAUUAAAAUUAUUUUACAUGCAGCUAAUUGAAAGUAAACCGAAAAUUCUGUUUUUUGGUUUAAAUAGCUCUUUAGUGGCAGAUCCUGCCUUAGCAGCAGUUACAGGUGAAUGUUACGGAAUAUUUAAAUUAUUCCCUUGACAAUUGACGUGACAAAAUAUGCCAUAGCUCCAGGGGAAGAUUGUAAUUUUAGGCAGACAUUGGCCUCAGUUUUUGUUUUUUCACAAUGAACGGUGGGGUUUCAGAUGUAUGCAGUUUUCAGCUGCCCGAUUUAAAUUAGUUUAGAGGGCUGUACGACAAGAAACAAUUUCUUAACUUAUUGUACAUUAAGGAUUUAUUAAUGUGUACUUUUAAAUCAUACUAGUCUAAGAAUAUCAAACAAUAAAUAAAUGUAUAUAUGUAAAUAGUGAAUAUGAACCAUUAGUAGCGCCAUGUGCUUGGUGUGUAUGUGCAAAUGUAUUUAAGCUAUAAGUUUAAAAUAAUUUUUUUUUUGUAAUAAAAUAGCAUGUACAAAGUUUAAA